AUUAAGUUCACUUAAUUACAUUAUGCAUACAAAUUCACAUCUUUCCAACACAAUCUCAUAUAUCGUGUAUAUAUAUACAAGUCCCACAGCCCUGUUCCAUUCGUAUCAUAUAAAGAAACAGAACAAGUAUUAAAUUCCCAAAAGAGGUAGCGGGCAAAGCAAUGAGGCUUUCUACCCUCUCUUUAGUUUCUCUCAUGGUUUUCUUUCUUUUGCUGAGACCUGGAUUUACCGCUCAAAAGUCAUAUGUAAUAUACCUGGGAGAACACUUACGUGGACUGGGAUCUGCAUGGGUUAACGUGGACGCCGUGACGGAAACACACUACGAGUUUCUGGGCUCAUUCUUGGGAAGCCGGGAGGAUGCACGACAGGCUAUCUUUUACUCUUAUACCAGACACAUCAAUGGUUUCGCUGCAAAUUUAGCUGAUGAAGUAGCCUCUGAGAUUGCAAGGCAUCCUGAAGUAGUUUCAGUUUUCAUGAACAAGGGAAGAAAACUACAUACAACUCGAUCAUGGGAAUUCCUAAGAUUGGAGCAGAACGGCGUCGUUCCAUCGAACUCAAUCUGGAACAAGGCCAGAUAUGGUGAAGACACGAUCAUCGGAAAUCUUGACACGGGUGUGUGGCCUGAAUCAAAAAGCUUCAGCGAUGAUGGGUAUGGACCGAUUCCAUCCAAGUGGAAGGGCAUUUGCCAAAAUGACAUUGACACCCGAUUUCAUUGCAAUAGGAAGCUAAUUGGAGCAAGGUACUUCAACAAAGGUUAUGCUGCCAUUGUUGGCAGCAAAUUCAACUCUUCCUUCAAUACACCACGAGACAAUGAUGGUCAUGGAACGCAUACUUUAUCCACUGCUGGGGGUAACUUGGUAGCCAAAGCAAGUGCUUUCGGCUUUGGUAAGGGAACAGCAAAAGGAGGGUCACCUAGAGCUAGAGUAGUGACAUACAAGGUGUGCUGGCCACCCGUUGGAGGAGAAGAAUGUUUUGAUGCAGAUAUAUUGGCAGCUUUCGACAUGGCCAUUCAUGACGGUGUUGAUGUUCUGUCUGUGUCACUAGGAGGAGAACCCAUUGACUUUUUUAAUGACAGCAUUGCGAUUGGCUCUUUUCAUGCUAUCAAGCAUGGAAUUGUUGUGGUCUGCUCUGCUGGCAAUUCAGGACCUGCUGAUGGUACGGUUGUAAACAUUGCUCCAUGGCAGAUCACUGUUGGAGCUAGCACCAUGGAUAGGGAGUUUCCUAGUAUUGUUGUCCUCGGCAAUGAUAUGCACUACAAGGGACAAAGUUUAUCAACCAAAGUUUUACCACACCAGAAGUUCUUCCCGCUGAUAAGUGCAGCCGAUGCCAAGGUGGCUAAUGCAUCAGUUCAAACCGCAUUGUUCUGUCAGGCCGGAGCCAUUGAUCCCAAAAAGGCAACAGGAAAGGUUUUGGUAUGUCUUCGAGGGAUGAAUGGAGGAGUGGAGAAGGGUCAGCAAGCAGCUCUGGCUGGUGCUGUGGGCAUGAUUCUUGCUAAUGACAUUUUCACAGACAAUGAAAUUUUAGUUGAGGCUCAUGUCCUCCCUGCUUCAAAUAUCAAUUACACCGAUGGUCUCACUGUUUUCACUUACAUUAAUUCAACAAAGAAUCCCACUGCUUAUAUUACACCUGUAACCACUCAAAUUGGCAAAAAGCCAGCCCCUGUCAUGGCAGCAUUUUCAUCCAAGGGACCCAACACAAUCACACCCGAGAUACUCAAGCCUGAUAUCACCGCACCAGGAGUGAGUGUAAUAGCUGCGUAUACAGAAGCAGAAGGGCCGACAAACGAGGAUUUCGACAAGCGCCGAGUUCAAUUCAACUCUUUAUCGGGCACUUCGAUGUCGUGCCCUCAUGUUUCAGGCAUUGUUGGCCUACUUAAAACCCUUUAUCCUAACUGGAGUCCCGCGGCCAUCAAAUCAGCUAUUAUGACCUCCGCAACCACAUUGGAUAACCUGAAUGAGCCAAUUCUAAAUGCAUCAAACAUCAAAGCAGGACCAUUCAGCUAUGGAGCCGGACAUGUACAACCUAAUCUUGCUAUGGAUCCCGGGCUUGUUUAUGACUUAACCCCCACUGAUUACCUAAACUUCCUAUGCGCUUUGGGGUACAAUGAAACACUAAUUUCACUGUUCUCAAAGAACACCUACAAGUGCCCCAACCCAAUCAAUCUUGCCAACUUAAACUAUCCUUCAAUCACAAUCCCUAACCUUGGUGGAUCCAUUACAGUGACCAGGACCGUUAAAAAUGUUGGUUCACCAGGUACUUACAGAGCUAAAGUGAUGAGACCGAUGGGAAUUUCGAUUUAUGUUAAGCCCCGAAAAUUGAAGUUCGAAAAGGCUGGUGAAGAGAAGACAUUCAGUGUUACACUCAAGGUUAAGAAUGCUCAGGCAAUUAAGGAGUAUGUAUUUGGAGAGCUGAUAUGGUCAGACAAUGUACACUAUGUAAGGAGUCCUAUAGUAGUGAAGGCAGUCUAAAAGAUAGUCAAAAUUUGCUUGAGCUAGCAUUUUAAGUUUUAAUCCUUGGAUUAACCCUUUGAUUGCUGCCAAGCUAUGUACUUUGCCAUGGCCCUUUAUGUGUUCUAUAUAGUCAAGAGAAUUUAAGAUAA